AUGGCGGGCGGGCGGAGGCAGAGCGGCGGGCCGGCCGGCGGGCGAGCGCUGCUGCUGCCCGCUGUGCUGCUGUGCCUGUGCUGCCGGGCGGCGCCGGAGCGGCUCCGCUACGCCAUCCCCGAGGAGCUGCCCACGGGCUCGCUCGUGGGGCCGCUGGCACGGGAUCUGGGGCUCAGCCCGGACGAGCUGCCGGCGCGCAAGCUGCGGCUCAGCGCGGAGAAGCAAUACUUUACCGUGAGCGAGGAGAACGGGAACCUGUACGUGAGGGAGAGGCUGGACCGGGAGGAGCUGUGCGGCGAGUCGGCGUCCUGCUCCGUCAGCUUCGAGGCGCUGGUGCACAACCCGCUAAAUAUUUUCCAUGUCGAGGUGGCCAUUGAGGACGUGAAUGACAACUCCCCGACCUUCAGGAAAGCUACUCUUGAACUCGAGAUCGAUGAAUCGAUCCCUCCCGACACUCGUUUCCCUCUGGAGAUGGCAAAAGAUGCAGACGCGGGAAGCAACUCACUGCUGACUUACGAGCUCACCAGCAAUCCGUUCUUCUCUCUGGCCAUAAAGGAAAGUCAGGACGGAAGCAAGCCGGAAUUAGUGCUGCAGAGACCACUGGACCGGGAGGAGCAGAGCUCCUUUGAGCUGGUACUGACAGCGGUUGAUGGUGGAGACCCCGCGAGGUCCGGGACUGUUCAGGUUCGGGUCAACGUGACGGACGCCAAUGACAACCCACCCGUGUUUGCGCAGGACCGUUACAAGACAAGCCUGCGCGAGGACACGCUGCCGGGUUCGGAGGUACUGAAAGUGUCAGCCUCAGAUGCCGACGCCGGCACCAACGCCCACAUCACCUACAGUUUAGGGGAAAUGCCGGAUAAGGUGCUUCGGACAUUCGUGGUCGAUGCAGAUAGUGGGUCGAUCACGCUGCGGGAGGCUCUGGAUUUCGAGGACAUGAGGACAUUCAACCUGGACGUGGAGGCAAGGGACGGUGGUGGUCUGGUGGCCCACUGCAAGGUCGACGUGGAGAUACUGGACGUGAAUGAUAACGCACCCGAGAUCGAGAUCCUGUCACUGUCGAGCCCGGUGCCCGAGGACGCACCGGCUGGCACCGUGGUGGCCCUCCUGAAAAUUCGGGAUCGGGACUCCGGCGAGAAUGGUGAGGUGUCGUGCGAGCUGUCGGGAGAGGCGCCGCUGUCGAUCGUGGCGUCGUCGGGCGGCUCGUACAAGGUGGUGACGGCGAGCGCGCUGGACCGCGAGCAGGCGUCCGAGCAGCGCGUGACGGUGGUGGCCCGGGACCGGGGCAGGCCGGCGCUAUCGAGCACGGCGGAGCUGGUGCUGGAGGUGUCGGACGUGAACGACAACGCGCCGGUGUUCGAGGAGGCGGCGUACAGCGCCUACGUGCGGGAGAACAACGUGGCGGGCGCGCUGGUGCUGCGCGUGAGCGCGCGGGACGCGGACGCGGGCGCCAACGGGCGCGUGAGCUACUGGCUGGCGGGCGGCAGCGCGGGCGCGGCGGGCGCGGCGCCGCUCGUGUCGGUGGAGGCGCGGAGCGGCGCGGUGUACGCGCAGCGCUCCUUGGACUACGAGCAGUGCCGCGAGUUCGCGGUGGCCGUGCGGGCGCAGGACGGCGGGGCGCCGGCGCGCAGCUCCACGGCCACGGUGCGCGUCUUCGUGCUCGACCAAAACGACAACGCGCCGCGGGUGCUCUACCCGCCGCCGGCGGCGGGAGGGGCUUCUUCGGUGGCGGCGGCUUUCGAGGUGGUGCCGCGGUCGGCCGAGGCCGGCUACCUGGUGGGCAAGGUGGUGGCGGUGGACGCGGACGCGGGGCGCAACGCGUGGCUGUCGUACGAGCUGGUGCAGGCGUCGGAGCCGGCGCUGUUCCGCGUGGGGCUGCAGAGCGGCGAGGUGCGCACGGCGCGGGCCGUGUCGGAGCGGGACGCGGCCAAGCAGCGGCUGGUGGCCGUGGUGAAGGACCACGGGCAGCCGGCGCUGUCGGCCACGGCCACGCUGCACGUGGUGCUGGCCGACAGCUUGCAGGAGGCGCUGCCGGAGCUGAGCGAGCGGCCGGCGGGCGCCGACGCGCCGGCCGAGCUGCAGUUCUACCUGGUGCUGGCGCUGGCGCUGCUGUCGGCGCUCUUCGUGCUCAGCGUGGCGCUGGCCGUGCUGGCGCGGCUGCGCCGGGCCGGGCCGCCCGCCGUGCUGCGCUGCCUGGGCGCGCAGCGCUUCUCGCUGGCUGGCGCCGCCUUCCCGCCCGACUUCUGCGAGGGCACCUUGCCCUACUCCUACAACCUGUGCGUGGCCGCGCCGGCCCGCGCCGCCGCCGAGGCCGCUUGGCCGCCGCCGCCGCUGCCCAUCCUGCCCGCCGAGGAGCUUCUGGCCGGGGAGCCCUGCGGGAAGCCGAGCCCGAGCAGCAGCGCCGUCGCGGGAGAGCCGCCCGCCGACCCUGACGCACAGCAGAAAGAACAUAACGCCAGGUCUCCACUGUGCUGGACCCGACAUUUCCGCGGCAAAUGUGCCGUCUCUUUGAGCGUCCUGUUGGCGAGGCAGGGCGGGCAUCUCUCGGCAGCGCUCGGUGCCUGCAGUGCCGGGAGGAGGCUGCGGGCGCCGCUGUUGACCGAGAGGAGCGAGAGGAAGGUCGGAGCGCUGCAGCCCCGCCCGCUGCGGACCGGCUCGAUCGCUGGAUCGCUGUAUUCUUGGCUCCGAUAA